AAUGACAUUGCUGUAAUAGAGUACAUGUUUAUUAAAGAAAGAUUUGAAGAUUGUGUUUUAUCUUUAGCAAGCAUAAUUUUGUCAAUUUAUGACCGUAUGAAUUUACAAGAAUUGUAACGUGAUGUUUUGUUUGGGGCCUGGAUUCAUCUCAGGAUCAGGAGAAAUACUGUAAAAUGACCAAUCCACUGAGAGGAGAGGUGAUCAGAUUGUACAAGAAUCUUCUGUAUCUUGGCCGGGACUAUCCAAAAGGCUCAACAUACUUCAGGGAGCGUCUUAAAGCGGCUUUCAUGAAGAACAAAGAUGUCACGGAUCCUGUGAAAAUUAAAAAUCUGGUCGACCGUGGAGAGUUUGUGAUCAAAGAACUUGAGGCGAUGUAUUACCUCAGGAAAUACAGAACACUGAAGAAACGCUAUUAUGAACCGGAGCACUGAUCUCUCAUGAGAUUCUCUGUUGCAUGUGCCAGAAUGAAAUAUGUGCUACUUCAAAAUAGUUUUCAGUGGUUGUACAUAUUUAUAUGUCUGUAUUUAAUGUGAUGUAUAACAUAUUACAAGUUAACAACAUGAUUAUUUUCACUACCACUGAUUUAAGAGACAGUUUCUUAUGUUCAUGUAUAUAUUUUUGGAGUCUGAGCAGAUAACUCUACAUCACAGAAAACAAGGUUGGUUUUUCCAAACGUUUUUUCCAGCUCCUGUGCCAGAUCCAGCUUUCCUGAACUGCCUGUAAUCUGUGAGUCCAAACAAUAGACAGUUAUGGGAUUAGCGUGUGUU